AUGUCUCUACAAUACGAUGUUGAAUUCGCAAAGGAAGCAGCUCCUGUUCUACAACACCUUGCUCAGACCCCAAAACCAGCCCUGCACGAUGUCGCAACAAGGCGGCUCAUGCUCGGCGCCAUGACGAAUGAGCAGUUCAGCUUACCAAAUGACGUUGAACAUGUGGUCCAUAGUGUCGCGGCGCUAGAUGGCCACACUGUACCCGUCUACCACUUUCGCAAGAAGCUUCCUCCUCGUGAGGGAGGCGAGCCUGCCAUCGUACACAUCCAUGGCGGGGGAUAUAUCGCCCUCAGUGCAGCCGGAUGUGCAACUCCUCAUGGAGAAUCAGUGUCUCAGACGGGAGUUCAAAUCUUCAGCAUCGACUAUCGACUGGCACCCGAGAACUCGUAUCCCGUGCCGCUGGAUGAUUGCUGGGCGGUCUUGCAGUGGAUCCAUAGCAAAGUAAAACAAUUCUCGAUCAACCCAGCUCGCAUUGCAGUCAUGGGAGAAAGUGCCGGUGGUGGCCUGGCAGCUGCGCUCACUCUUUUGGCGCGUGAUCGAGUGCUGUCACCUCCGCUGGCAAAGCAGAUUCUCGUGUACCCCAUGCUGGAUGAUCGGACAAAUUCCAACCAUGCGGGUGCGCUGGCUUUCUGGGAUGAGAAUGAUAACAUCACGGGCUGGACUGCGUAUCUAGGGCCUAAAGCAGGCAGUGACGCGAUUGUUCCCUAUGCGGCACCGGCUCGAGUGGAUAAAGUGGAGGGUCUGCCUCCGCUGUACCUUGACUGCCCUCAACUUGAUAUUUUCGUGCAUGAGGGAAUGAAGUAUGCAUGCCGGUUUGUGGCUGCAAACAUCCCCACUGAGUGUCACAUAUACCCAGGCCUGCCGCAUGGGUUUGAAGCGCUGGCUUCUGACAUAGAUGUUACCAAGCGGGUUAUUGAAAAUCGAUAUAAGGCAAUGAGUAGCUUUUGA